AUGGCAGACCCAGAUGUCCUCACCGAGGUUCCUGCAUCAUUGAAGAGGUUAGCCAAAUAUGUGAUCCGGGGUUUCUAUGGCAUUGAGCAUGCUUUGGCCUUGGACAUCUUGAUCCGGAACCCUUGUGUGAAAGAGGAGGAUAUGUUGGAGCUGCUCAAGUUUGAUCGGAAGCAACUUCGUUCAGUUUUGAAUAAUUUAAAGGGAGACAAGUUCAUCAAAUGCAGAAUGAGAGUAGAGACUGCUGCAGAUGGGAAAACCACUCGCCAUAACUACUACUUUAUCAAUUAUCGUACUCUUGUUAAUGUGGUUAAAUAUAAAUUAGACCACAUGAGAAGGAGGAUUGAAACUGAUGAGAGAGAUUCCACCAACCGGGCUUCCUUCAAAUGUCCUGUUUGUUCUAAUACUUUUACAGAUUUAGAAGCUAAUCAGCUCUUUGAUCCCAUGACAGGAACUUUCCGCUGCACUUUUUGCAGUACAGAGGUAGAAGAAGAUGAAUCAGCAAUGCCCAAAAAAGAUGCACGCACACUUUUGGCAAGGUUUAAUGAACAAAUUGAGCCCAUUUAUGCUUUGCUUCGGGAAACAGAGGAUGUGAAUUUGGCCUAUGAAAUACUUGAGCCAGAACCCACAGAAAUACCAGCCCUGAAACAGAGCAAAGACCGUGCAGCAGCUACUGCUGGAGCUGCUGGCCUGGCAAGUGGGCACCACCGGGAAGCAUGGGCCACCAAAGGUCCCUCCUAUGAGGACUUAUAUACUCAGAAUGUGGUCAUUAACAUGGAUGACCAAGAAGAUCUUCAUCGGGCCUCACUGGAGGGGAAAUCUGUCAAAGAGAGGCCCAUUUGGUUGAGAGAAAGCACUGUCCAAGGAGCAUGUGGUUCUGAAGAGAUGAAGGAAGGUGGCAUAGAUAUAGAUGCAUUUCAAGAUCGUGAGGAAGGCCGUGCAGGGCUGGAUGAUAACGAGGAGGUUAUGCGGGCACUGCUCAUUCAUGAGAAGAAGACCCCCUCUGCUACCGCUGGCUCAGUGGGGGCAGCUGCUCCUGUGACCACUGCCAAUGGCAGCGACUCGGAGAGUGAGACCAGUGAGUCAGAUGAUGACUCCCCACCUCGUCCCGCUUCUGUGGCUGCACAUCACCGAGAGGAUGACGAGGAGGAUGACGAGUUUGAAGAAGUAACAGAUGACCCCAUUGCUAUGGUGGCUGGUCGUCCAUUCUCAUACAGCGAAGUGAGCCAGCGGCCAGAGCUGGUGGCGCAGAUGACACCAGAGGAGAAGGAAGCGUACAUAGCAAUGGGACAGCGCAUGUUUGAGGACCUCUUUGAAUGA